AUGUUAGAAGACACACAAUGGAGUCAACUCUUCAUAACAUCCUUCAGCGUAGCCAUUGGGGUAGCGUUCCUUGUAGCCAUGUUGGUGAUCUUGACUGUAAUGCCUGACUGUCGCUCAAAUAUGCCUCCAGAUAUGUUGAGUGUCUUCAGCAUUCAAUUUGCCGUCGUAUUGGUGUUGUUAUUCGUGAAUACGAUUGCUUUAUCAUAUACGUUGGCAGUCGAGAACAAUGUAUUUAUCAAUAAUUCGGUUACCGACUCUCCCGGCUACUUGUUCAUCUUCUGUAUGACAGCCAUUGCUACGUUACAGUUGUAUUUGAGUGGAAGAAGGAUUUUGGAGUAUGCAUGCCCUAAAUUGAGGUAAUUUUCUUAGUUUAUAAGGUUUAUAAUGUACGACAUUUUUAGUCAAAAACUGCCAAUUCGAUCAGUUUGCUUUCUGGCCAUGUUAUGCGCCUUUUUGCUGUCAGCCAAGCGGUUUAUCAACAUCAUCUUUGAUAAGCGGUAAGUCUUUCAAUUAUCGAUUAAACUCUAACUAUGAACAAAGCUAUAUUUUUUCCGGUACUCUUGCUUGAAUUCUUUUACUGUAUCUCUGGAACUAUCUUACAGUACGUCAAAAUAUAUUUACUUUACAUUUCUUUAUACUGAACUUAUAGCACCCUGAACUACAAAAUUGAAGCUCUGCGUUGGAUGUACAGUCAGCCGAGCAGUGAAGAGAACUUUUAUCUAGCUGCUGGAAUUGGCUUUUCUCUAUUCUUUCUGACCAUACUUUACAUUGGUGCUGCGAUUAUGGUUAUUCAUCGUUUCGCGACAAAAGAGUUGGUACAAGAUGAGAAGAAAGAGUUGAGGAAGGACCUAAUGUGGCUAGCUUCUUGCUUGGUCAUGGAUCUACUUUUUGCUUUACUCAUCUUGUACUCUCACUUCGUAGCAGUACCAUCAAAGUACCUGUAUCUGCCUGUCGCUUCGAAGUUUUAUGCUGGAUGGAUUCAAAGCUAUUUGCUUCCGAUUUGGCCAGUUUUUGCCACGUUUAUUGGAGAGGACUGCUUGAGACAGGUGAGAUUGGAUAAACUUAGAGGGAGUUAUAGCACAGAAGCUAUAGCGUACGCUAAGGGUAAAGCAAGGCAUUGUAGGGUACAGUAGAGGUAGACUACUAAAAAUUCAAUUUUAAACAAUCCGUCUUCUCUAAAAUAUUCAAUUAAAACAAUUAGUACUCUAUCGAAAGAUCGAACUAUAAUAUUAUUUUCAAAAUCACGGUCACAAAAAUGAAACCCGAUACGUGAAAAAAUAUAAAUUUUGAAAGUAUAUUAUACAUUUGUCACCACAACAAUAUCAAAUUUCAGGCACUUCGCUUUCGGACCGGCAUUUUCAUGUCUGGAACCCCGCCAAUCAGCCCCAGCAUGCCACGUCGCUGUUUAGUGCGAAAUAGCCAUCAAUUCAGCAGUAUCCCCAUCUUCAUGAAGUACUCUCUGGAGAAGCGGGAUUCCGAAAAAAGAGAUUCUGUGUGA